AUGGCUCCCCAACCACCCGGCCUCAAGAAGCCCUCCGCUCGAACCCUCCGCCACCAGCGCGUGACGGGCCAAAUCCACCCCCUCGCCCCGUCAAAGACAUUCCGUGACGACGCCGCAGUCUCAGACUCGUUCCUCUCCACCAAGCGUGACAAGCGCCUCAUCAAGCAUUCCUCCUUCGUCUCCCGCAUCGCCUCCUCAUCGCGCGUCUCCAAGGCGAACAAGCGCCGCAGACCGUCAAAGAAGCUCGCAGCCACCCUCGACAGCCUCGCCGACGCUCUUCCGGAACUCGACGAGGAUGCUGGACAGCCUGGAAAGGUCAAGCACAAGAGUUUGAGGAGCAAGAAGGGCGCGCUCAAGAAGAAGGAGAUGGUAGUCAAGGGCGAGAUGGAGAGGUUUGGUGUUAGUAUGGCGAGGUUGACUGGCACGCCUCAGGAGAAUGCAGUACCUGCUGGAGUGCAGCACGAUGAUUAUGACGAUGAUGAAGAUAUGAAUAAUAAGGCCAAGGCGGCGGAGGCCAAGCCUGCUGCCUCUGCACCGACUGCGAACCGAUGGGCCGCUCUACGGGGGUACAUCUCGGCGACGAUGGAGCAGAACCCGGCCUUCACAGGGAACAACUAG